AUGGCUGAAGUUGUAGGCUUACUUCUCCCCCCCUUCCUCCAAGUAUUCUUUGAAAAAUUUGCUUCUCGCGAGUUUGUUGACUUCUUCAAAAGUCGAAAACUUGACGGUGGACUCUUAAAGAGGCUGGAGAUAGUACUGUUGUCUACGAAUGUGGUGCUCGAAGAUGCUGAGGAAAUGCAAUUUACAAAGCCUAUGGUUAAAAAGUGGCUUGAUGAGCUCAAAGAUGCCGUCUAUGAUGCAGAAGAUAUCCUGGAUGAGAUUCAAACUGAAGUCUUGCAAUGCAAGUUGGAUGCUGAAUUUCUUACUGUCGCAACUAAGGUACGAAAAACCAUCUCUACUUCUCUUAAUCCUUUUGUCAAGGAGAUAGAACCAAAGAUAAAAGACGUACUCCAGACGUUGGAUCAUCUAGUAAACCAGAAGGAUGUUAUAGGUUUGAAAGAAAGCGUUCGAGAAAAAUCAUCCAGAAGAUCGUCCACUACGUCUUUGGUUAAAGAAUCUAACAUUUUUGGUAGGACAUAUGAUAAGGAGGCAAUUAUUAAUUUGUUGCUGUCAGAUAAGGUCGGUGGAAAUGAGUUGUGUGUAAUUGCUAUUGUUGGUAUGGGGGGACUUGGGAAGACAACCGUUGCUCAACUUGUUUACAACGACAAUAGGAUGGAGGGGCAUUUUGAUCUUAAAGUGUGGGUUUGUGUUUCGGAUGAUUUUGACGUGUUGAAGAUGACGAAAAUAAUUUUAGAGAAACUUGGAUUGUCAACUAACAGUGAGAGUAAGAAUCUAGAUUGGCUUCAAGUUACACUACAGCAGAAUCUGACAGGGAAGAAAUUUCUUCUUGUAUUAGAUGAUGUUUGGAAUAAGAGUUAUUCAGAAUGGGAGGCGUUAAGCAACCCCUUUAAAUCUGGAGCAGAAGGGAGUAGGGUGAUUGUAACGACACGAGAGAAACGCGUUGCAUCAACCAUGCAUUCUACUACGAUUUACGAUCUAAAGAAAUUACAAGAAGAUGAUUGCUGGUCAAUAUUUUCAAAACACGCGUUUCAUUCUGGUAACUCGGAUGCUCAUCCAGAGUUGGAAGUAAUUGGUAGACAGAUUGUUAAAAGGUGUGAAGGCCUACCUUUAGCAGUCAAGACAAUUGGAGCUCUUUUAUGGUCUGAACUAGACAUUAGGGAGUGGAAUAAGAUAAUGAUGAGCGAAAUUUGGGACUUGCAAAGUGAUAUUAUUCCUGCUCUAAGAUUAAGCUACAAAUAUUUGCCCUUACAUCUAAAGCGUUGCUUUGCUUACUGUUCAAUAUUUCCUAAAGGUUAUAAUUUCAAAAAGGAAGAGUUAAUCUUAUUGUGGAUGGCUGAAGGUUUCUUGCCACAAGGGAAAGACAAAACGAUGGAACAAAUUGGUGAUGAUUAUUUCGCUGACCUUGUAUCAAGAUCAUUAAUGUUCCAACAAUCAAGGGAAGAUUCUCUUAGAUUUGUAAUGCAUGAUCUUGUCAAUGACUUAGCAAGAUUUGUGUCAGGACAAUUUACAUUCAGACUAGAGGGUGAAAAUUCUCCUGAAAUUGUGAACAAGACACGCCAUUUGUCAGUUGCUAAAACAAUUGUUGAUACUACUAAGAAGUAUGCGGCGCUUUAUGAGGCUAAGGGGUUGCGUACUUUCCUAAAAAUAGAUUAUUACCUUAUAAUGAUAGGUAAAGAACUUAUGCAUGAUUUGCUGCCAAUUCUAAGAUGCUUACGAGUUCUUAAUCUAUCUCUUUCUCCUAAUUUCGCCGAAUUGCCUGAUUCAAUUGGCAAAAUGAAGCAUCUACGGCAUUUGGAUGUUUCCUUGACUGCAAUUACGAAACUACCUGAUUCUAUAUGCAAGUUGUGCAACUUGCAGACUUUGAAAAUAUCGAAGUGUAGGAGUCUUACAGUAUUGCCAAGAGAUAUUCAUAAACUCAUUAAUUUGCGUCAUCUGGAUUUUAGUUCUACUCCCAUAAAAGAGACGCCAGUACAAUUGGGUAGACUAUGUCAUCUUCAGACUUUGACUGAAUUUAUUGUCAGUGAACAAAGUGGAGCGGGCGUAGGAGAGCUCGGGAAACUGGCAAAUCUUGGGGGGAAGCUCCUUAUUUCUAAUCUCCAAAAUGUUGUAUCCCCUGUAGGUGCUUUGGUUGCGAGAUUGAAUGAUAAAAAGUAUUUGGAGGAGUUGAAGUUGGAGUGGAAUGACGAAAAUAAUAUUUUAGAAAGUCAAAGGGAUGUAUUGGACAAUCUCAAACCCCAUAUAAACUUGAAACGGCUCUCUAUCAUCGGCUAUGGUGGUAAAAAUUUUCCAGACUGGGUCGGACAUCAUUCAUUUUCUAAUAUAGAAUCUCUCAAUCUAUUUAACUGCAACUAUUGCUCUGUCUUGCCGCCACUUGGACAGCUACCUUCUCUGCAGUCCCUUUCUAUUGUUCAGUUUGACGGAAUCGAUGAAGUCGGCAGAGAAUUUUAUGGCAAUUGUUCGUCUUCAACGAAACCAUUUGUAGCCUUGAAAGUUUUGAAGGUUAGAAACAUGUCGAAGCUGGAGAAAUGGUUUGCUUUUGGUGCUGAAAAUGAAGGUGAAGCUUUUACUCAUCUUGAAGAGCUUGAGAUUAGUAACUGCUCCAAGUUAUCAGGAGAGUUGCCCAUACAUCCUUCUUCUUUAUCUAGACUUAUGAUAGAAGAAUGUCCACUAUUGGUGACUUCACUUUCGAGCGCUGCUACUCUACGUCAAUUGGAGCUAAGAAAUUGUAAUGAGGCUCUCUUCAAGCAAUUGCCAAUGGGAUUGCAGAAACUCGCAAUUGGAGGAUUUUAUGCGCUGGAGUCCAUUCCGGAGAGAUUGAUGGGCUUCAACAGUUGUCUUAAGGAAUUAGAAAUUAGUGGUGGCCACUCGCUUAUGUCUCUGUCCAGUGCUGGUCUACCUUCUACAUUAAAAAUCCUUGACAUCAAAGAUUGUAGGAAGUUAGAGCUUCCAAUGCACCGGAACUAUUCAUCCCUUGAAACAUUGUCGUUAUCUGGUAGUUUUGAUUCUCUACAGUCAUUUCCAUUAAACUUAUUCCCAAAUCUGACGUCCAUCAAACUAAAUGGAUGUAUGAAUCUGGAGUCUUUUAAUGUCCCUCAACGACUUGAACUUGAUUUCGUAUCAUUUCCUAAACUUGCUCAUUUUUCUAUCGUCAAUUGUCAAAGUGUGAAGUCACUACCUGACAAAAUGCACAUACUGCUUCCGUCUCUUCAGCAUUUGCGUUUAGAGAAUUGUCCAGAAGUUGAGUCAUUCCCUGAAGGAGGCUUGCCUUCCAAACUGAUUUCUAUUCACAUCACAGACUGUGACAAACUCAUCGCCAAUAGAAAGGAUUGGGGAUUUCAAAAUCUCCCCUCUAUUCGACACAUUAAUAUCAAAGGCAAUUGUGAAGAUGUGGAGUUCUUUCCGGAGGUGGGGUUGCUUCCUACUAAUUUGGUUUCUCUUGAGAUCGCUAAAUUUCCAAAUAUGAAAUCUUUGGACUAUAAAACCCUUCGACACCUCACCUCUCUCGAGCUAUUGUCGAUCUUUUCCUGCCCUAAGUUGAAGUUUAUGCAAGAAGAAGGGUUGCCUGCCUCCAUUUCUACUCUACUAAUCAACAAAUGUGCUUUGUUGGAGGAACAGUUGCAAAGCAGAAAAGGAAAAGUAAGGCGCAAGAUUGCUCACAUCCCCUGCAUUUAUAUUAAUUAUGAAUUGAUUUGACCAAACUACAAGUCUAGCAAGAGUCCCCAAUUUCAGUUAUAUUAUCUACAGCACAGAUGGACAACGACAAAGGUUUGUUCCAGUGACACAUGUUUCUAGACAUGAUCUCCUUUCGGAUGUUCUUCCUUAAUUCCUUAAUACGGUAGCUUCCAUUGGCAAAAACUGGCGUCAUGUGCUUGGAAUCAAAUUGCGUAUCCCCAUGGGGAUAAUGUCUUAAGAAGAGUCCUAUCCUCUGGUUAUUGAAUGAGGACUUGCGCUGUAAAUUCCCCAGAACCUGAACUUGUUGGUAGAAUAGAAAGACAAACACAAUUGAUUGAAUGAUUGGCCUCAGCAAACAAUGAUAGACAAAAGGCUUCCGUCAAGAUGGCUUGGUUAUUGGAGUGAUAACUUUCGGAGUCGUGGAAACAUUAUUAUUGGGAAAUUUGGUGGAGGCCGUGGUUCUUGUUGUCAUCCUCUUAAUUGGGGAGAUGAUUAAUGUGAGAAACAACAUGAUUUCCAAAGUCGGACACGUGUGGUAGUAAGGCAGGAAGUUCACUCAGUAAGUGUAGAAGAGAAUAGACACAUAUGGCAGGUACCAAAGGCUGAUUAUGUGAAGGUUAACUGGGACGCAUCAUUAGAUUUAAAGAGGAAGAGAAUGGGGAUGGGUAUUGUGAUUAGAGACGAGAAGGGAGAGGCACUGGUAGCAGCCUGUGAUCAGAAGAAGCACGUACAGGAUCCAUUAGUGGCAGAAUGUCAUGCACUUUGGAAGGCUCUGGAGCUAUGUAAUGAACUGAACUUUCAAAAGGUAAUGUUGGAAGGAGAUGCCAAGAACAUUGUUUCAGCCGUUAACAGUGAGGAGGAGGAUCUGUCCUGUGUUGGUUUUAUAGUUGAUGAUAUACGUUCAGUGUUCAGAAACAGACCAAAUUGGUCUUUACAUUUUGCUCAUAGAGAAAGAAAUAUAGUGGCACAUACAUUAGCAAAAGAAGCUUUGAAGUUUGAAGAAGUUAAGAUUUGGAUUGAAGAAGUUCCAAGUGUUAUUGUAAAUUGCUUGGAAAAAGAUAAACGUUGUAUUACUUAAAGUUUGAUUAAUGAAGUUUUUGAGGUUUAUUUCAAAAAAAAAAAAAAAAA